AGCAUAUCCAUAUCUCUAAUCCUAACACUUUCCAGCAAUUGAAAAAAAAAAACUCUCAAAAGAUGGAUAAGUACUGUCUACUCCUCUGUCUCCUUUUGUUUUCCUCUUAUAGUCACGUCUCGGCUUAUUAUCCAUCCAAAAAUACCCUAGUGUCCAGCGUGACCAAGAACCCCAUCUUACCUAUCUUCACUUUCACACUCAACACAAACGAAGAAUAUUUCAUCCAUAUCGCCGGUCCCUACCUCGUUCGCAGCUGCAAUGAUGGUCUCCCUCGCCCCAUCAUUCCAUGCGGCUCCUCAACAUGUGCUCUCACUCGCAGAGUCAGCCCCCACCAGUGUCCUCCUACUCAGAACGCAAUCAUAAACGGAAGGUGUGCAUGCCAAGCAACCGCCUUUGAGCCGUUCCAACGUCUGUGUAACUCAAACCAAUACACCUAUGGAGAUUUUUCCAUGUCUUCCCUAAACCCUAGAUCUCCCUCGCUCACGUUUAACAACGUGAAGUACCUUUGCAUCCCCAAGCCGUUUCUCAUAGACUUCCCUCCUGGUGUUUUGGGCCUUGCGGGGCUUUCACCCACGGCUCUCGCCACAUGGAACCAGCUGACCCCACCUAGACUCGGGCUCGAGAAGAAGUUCGCGUUGUGUCUGCCUUCUGAUACGAACAAAGGUGCUAUUUUCUUUGGUGGAGGUCCGUACAAGCUCGGAAACACUGAUGCAAGAUCCAUGCUCACGUACACCCAAUUGAUCAAGAACCCUAGAAGACUCAACAAUUAUUUCUUGAGGCUCAAGGGUAUUUUCGUCAACGGAGAAAAGAUCUUGCUUGCCCAAAACGCUUUUGGUUUCGACGGCAAGGGUGACGGAGGCGUGACUCUAAGCACCGUAACCCCUUUCACUACGUUACGUAGCGAUAUAUACGAAGUCUUUACUAAAGCAUUCUCAAAAGCCACGUCGGAUAUUCCACGUGUCAAUAGCACAACACCCUUGGAGUUUUGUUUUAAGUCAACGGAACAUUUCCAAGUGCCUCAGAUCGAUAUGAAGUUUGCUGAUGGGAAGAUCUGGAAAGUAAUUGCCGCAAACUCGAUGAAGAAAAUUACUGAUGACGUGGCUUGCUUGGCUUUCCUCAAUGGAGGAGAUGCGGCGGCGCAGGCGGUUGUGAUCGGAAUGCAUCAGAUGGAGAACACUUUGUUGGAGUUUGACGUGGGGAGAUCUGCUUUUGGAUUUAGCUGUUCUUUGGGUUUGGUCAAUGCUUCGUGCGGUGACUUUCAAACAAAGCCAUGAGAAAGUCCAAUGAACUUGAUGGUUGACAUUCUCUUGUGAUUGUGUUUGUUAUUGAUUAAUGUUUUUAGAAUACUCGCUUCAAUUGUUUUGUAAUUUUCUUCUCAAGUGUGUGUUUUAAAAUAUUCGUCAAUAAAGAAAUUGUAAAAUUGUCAAAUACAAUAGCACUAGGUGAUAACCCGCGCUUUGCGCGGAAUGAGAUUAUUAUUUUUGGUAUUUAUAAGAUAAAAAGACAU